AUCUACGUCAGCGUUCAACAUGGCGGCAUGCGACGUCUGCUAUCAAUAAUAAUAGCGCUUUAGCAGUGUUUUAUAAUAGCAUGCUACCUUAAAAGUAACAGUAAUAGAUUUGUUAACGGCAGUACGUCUAUCAAGGCGUAAGAGAGCAGUUAAUUUUUAGUUUAGCAUUGCGAUUUCUAUUUUAUUUAUUGAGUUUGUUGGUAUUUCAACAAAUAACAUGAUGAAGUCAGAUGUAGAGGAGUUGAUGCCCAAGCUGCUGCCUGUAGAGCCAUGUGAUACGGAUGACUUCGAUCUAAGUGAACCUCCCAGGAAUCCCCAGGAAUACUUAAGACAAGUGCAGCUAGAAGCUUCCCUUUUCCCAGAUGUGGUCGUGGCUCAGAUAGACCCCAAAAAACUGAAAAAGAAGCAAACUGUAAACGUUUCUGUUACAGGGUGCCAAGCCGCUCCUGCUGGGUUUUCUCCAAGCUUAAAAUGGCAGCAACACCAAGUCAGCUACUUCUCUGAAAUCAGACAGAGCAUUAACAAACACAGGUCGCACUGGAAGGCAAAGUCUUUGGAUGACAAUGUGAUUUUGCCAAAACCAGAUGACGAGGAAGGAUGGAAGAAGUUCUGUUUGGGGGACAAUGUUUAUCAUGGCGUGGUACUGACAUCAGAUGACAAUGAAUGUCCGGGUCUUGAUUAUAUCAAGGUGGGAUUUCCUCCAUUCCUGAGCAUUGUUAGCAGGCUGAACCAAGCUACAGUUUCCACAGUGUUAGAAUUUCUAAUAAACUGGUUUGAAGAUCAAGACUUUGUUCCCCAGUUGGGGCGCUGGCUCUAUGCGCUAUUGGCAUGUCUGGAGAAACCUUUGCUUCCUGAAGCCCAUUCCCUCAUUCGACAGCUAGCGCGACGCUGCUCAGACGUCCGUGCCAGUCUGGAAAGUAAAGAAGAUGAGAAGCUGUCGGCAUUGAACCUGAUGAUUUGUUUGGUUGGCAGGUAUUUCGAACAGAACGACUUGGCUGAUGAAGACUGAUGGAUUGGUAUUUUAUUUCAGUUGGAGAUGGAAAGUGGAAAAGGAAAUAAAUGUGAA